UGUAGCUUGUAAAAAUGUGAAUGAAUAAUGACGCUAGCUUGGAAUGUACAAAUUUAUGUAAAUAAAUAAUAUAGUUUAAAUAAAGUUUAAAAAUAAAUUUCACGAAAUAUCAUAUAAAUUAAUUCAUACAGUGAGAGUUCCUGAUUGGUUUUAAAAUGUAAACAUAAUUUUAUUUCAAAAAUGAACCCAGUGAAAAUAUGUGUGUGUUUAUUUUUCCUUUUGCUGGGAGCGGGUGUUAAAAGCACACGAUGGCUGCAGGACACAAGCGACGAAUGGAUCCACAUCCGUACGCGCCUGUUGUACCCGUCAAGUUUCGCGAACGUACGAGUUAACGUGUACGGGGAGCGGGAGCUGCGCAUCUCGCACGCGAAGGUGCUUGUUCUCGAGACGUUUCUGUCAAGCGGUAACAAGCCAGAGUUUGACAUGGCCUUCCGGCAGGUGACAGAUGGACGCCGUAUUUUGCAGGCCGUUUUUCAGGGAGAUAUCCUAAAAGAGUGUGAUUUUACCUCAGAUUCAAAUAUCUUGCUAGAUUUUGUAUCAAACUUUGUAACUUUGGCACCAGAGACUAGCGAUUUUGGAGAUGUCUUCUCCGCGGCAUCUUUAACAAAUAUCACAGCAAAGAACACAUCACUAGCGCAUAUGUCUUUUAACAGUAUAUUGCAAUUAAAAGAACUAGCAGAUCUUACAGAUAUGAAAUCUCUUCGACGGCAAUGUCGCAGGUUUUUAAAACUUGCUUCUGCAACUGCAGAAAAAGAAGCAAAAUCUGAUAAAUUUACAGAGAUAUACGAUGAAGUACUACAAAUAAUUGACCUUGAAAAUUUGAAAAGUAACGACACACUUGAUUCACAGUUGGACAUAUCUGAAAACUCAGAAACAGGUAAUAUCUCGUCUCAUAGUGGAACAUCUUCCAGAGAGCAUAAUAUAAAGAAGCGGUCGACGGUACCGCUAGAACUCAAACACCGUUCUAAGCGGGGCGCGUUUGACAUGAGCAGCGUGCUAAUUUUCCCUGGCACAAAGUGGUGCGGAAAGGGCGACCUGGCCCGCUGCUAUGAUGACCUGGGUCCGGACAUGGAGUUGGAUAUGUGCUGCAGGGACCACGACUGCUGCCCCUACGUGAUCCCGCCCUUUACCUCCCGGUUCAACCUCUUCAACUACCGCUUCCACUCUCUGCUCCAUUGCGACUGUGAUCAGAGGUUCCGUGGUUGUCUUCGGAGUUCCGUGUCUUCGAUGGCCAGCAUGAUUGGCAAGAUUUACUUCAACAUCCUUGGCAGCAAGUGUUUCCGGCUCACAGAGGUUGAAGUGUGCAUGGAACGCUCCUGGUGGGGCCGCUGCCAGCGGUACGAGAACAAAACGACCGCGGCCGUCGUAAACCAGGUCUCCUUUCUUGAGGACGACAGGCAGGCUGAAGCAGACAACCAUACCUCCAGCAAGUGAAAAGCACAGAUGAUGAUUUCAAGGAUAAUAUAUGCUGCCUAUUUUAAUAAAACACGAAUUAUGGAAGUAGAAACGCGCCACAAAAUUCUUGGUUAUUGAUUUUUCGGUUACUUGUGGACUGUGUUCUUUUAAAUGAGGUAUGUUACGGCUAUUUGUACUUUAAGUGUCCUUAAAAGAGAGAAAGCUGUUGUAGCAAUAUCUUAACCACCAGUAUACAUACAAAUACUACUAGUGUUGGGAUAGCGCGAGGCCUGUACGUCAAAAGAGUGUUUUAAAGGGUAUAUUACUUAAUUAAAAAACAGCCUAUUUUGUUGUGAGGCGAUUCCUAGUAGUCCAGUAGGUACUUGUAUUGAUGUCAGGUUAGGAAUGUGAAGAUUUCGUCGACCAAGCUGUGCUUUAACGUAAAUAUUUCCUAACCCAGCUUUUACAAAGAAAGUAUAAUUAAAAUCGUGCGUGUACAAAUCAUUGGUUGAAAAGUGGGUAUAAUGCUCCAAUAUUGUAGCAAUGGGCCGGUUAGAACAUCUGCCUGAUGUACAUACUUAUUGUCAAACAAAGGUAGUAUCUUUUUUGCUGAAUGUGUUGUUCUCAUACAAACCCCGUAGUUAAAUCUUAAUAAAUUGAACUUUGGAUCAUUUUUCAUGUUAUAAUGGAACGUUGAUUCUGAUUUCUCUGGAAAAGAACUGCAAUCUAUUAAGAACAAAAUAGAAUACCGAACAGUAAAAAUCAGUUAAUUUGAUCUUGGAAAUGAACAUCAAAUUCACAUAGAACUUACUGUUUAUAACUGUUUCAAUAACACACAUUUGUACAAUUAAUUUAAUCGAUUGACUGUAACGCUAUUAUAUUGAGACGAUUUUUAAGUUAAUUUUAAGUGUUCGUUCGCCCGUGUGCUUACGUUUUAACACCUGCACUGCGAGAUGGUGAUGUCCAUCACUGUCAAGCAAUAACUGAAAUAGACGUUUUAAUCGAUUAAACAAUUAAUCAAUUGUGAUGGUUAUUUAAAAUUUUCACCAUUUCUAUUUUUCAUUAAGUUCAAACAUUAAUCAUUUCUGAAUCCUUUUCAUAAUUUUUUUAGUAAGACAUGAACAAUUGAAAUGACAUCAGAUAUCUGUUAUAAGUUAUUAUUCCUUCAAGGAAAAUUAUUUAGAUCACACUUCGUUUAUAAAAUUGCCAUGUAACGUUAAUCAUUCUUGUAAUUUAUUGCUGUGGUUGCACGGUCAGUGUAGCUGUUCUUUUGAUAAGCCUUUCUUAAACGGGUAAAACAUGUGUUUGUAGUUUUUGUAAAUUUUACAUUGUUAAAAUAAAUCAUACAGUUUA